UGUUUCGAAAAUGAUAAGAAAGAUAUUUCUGAACCUCACAAAAAAUCCUCUGAAACUAUCUCUCUCUCUUCUCUUUCCCGCUCUAAGCUUAAUUCCAGUACUGGAAGAUUUUUCUAGGGUUUCUCCACUCUCCAAGCACACAUGAAGCUAGAGCUUUUGGGAGGUUUCUCUCCCUCCUUAUCAUCAUCAUCUUCUUCUUCUUCUUCUUUCUUUUCUCCCAAAAUGAUGGCCUUGGGUUCUCUUUCGCUUUGUCCUUGUAGUCUGCUAUGGCGGCCCAACUUCACUAGGCGUUCUGUUUCCUGCUCUAUCGGUUCCCCCAAUGCUGUAGGUGCUUCUAAAUCUAAUGCGUCCGCCCGGAGAAGACCAGGGAGAAAAGAAGGGCCUCGGAAAAGUAUGGAAGACUCUGUUCAGCGCAAGAUGGAGCAAUUCUAUGAAGGGCGUGAAGGCCCGCCUAUUCGUGUUCUACCCAUUGGUGGCCUUGGUGAAAUUGGGAUGAAUUGUAUGUUGGUUGGGAAUUAUGAUCGGUAUAUUCUCAUUGAUGCUGGUGUCAUGUUUCCGGACUAUGAUGAGCUUGGAGUCCAAAAAAUUAUACCUGAUACCACAUUUAUCAAAAGAUGGAGUCACAAAAUUGAAGCGGUUAUCAUUACACAUGGUCAUGAGGAUCACAUUGGUGCGUUGCCUUGGGUGAUUCCAGCUUUGGACUCCAAUACUCCAAUAUUUGCAUCAUCAUUUACCAUGGAGCUUAUCAGAAAAAGACUGAAGGAGAAUGGGAUUUUUGUUUCAUCUAGACUUAAAGUGUUCAGAACUAAGAGGAAAUUUAUGGCUGGACCAUUUGAAAUAGAACCUCUGCGGGUCACCCAUUCUAUUCCUGAUUGUUGUGGGUUAGUUCUUCGCUGUGCUGAUGGUACAAUUCUUCAUACUGGGGACUGGAAGAUUGAUGAGUCACCAUUGGAUGGUAAAGUUUUUGACCGUGAAGGUUUAGAGGAACUAGCAAAAGAAGGAGUGACAUUGAUGAUGAGUGACUCUACAAAUGUACUCUCACCUGGAAGAACAACAAGCGAAUCUCAUGUGGCAGAUGCACUGUUGAGGCAUAUUUCAGCUGCUAAAGGAAGAGUUAUUACCACUCAGUUUGCAUCAAAUAUACACCGUCUAGGAAGUGUGAAAGCUGCUGCUGAUUUAACCGGUCGAAAGCUGGUAUUUGUUGGUAUGUCAUUGAGGACAUAUCUUGAUGCAGCUUUCAAGGAUGGGAAGGCACCAAUUGAUCCGUCAUCUCUGGUGAAAGUGGAAGAUAUUGAAGCCUAUGCUCCGAAGGAUUUGCUAAUUGUCACGACUGGUUCUCAAGCAGAGCCACGUGCUGCUCUGAAUCUUGCAUCUUUUGGAAGCAGUCAUUCUCUCAAAUUGAACGAAGAAGAUUUAAUCUUGUAUUCAGCUAAGGUAAUCCCUGGUAAUGAAUCUCGGGUAAUGGAUAUGUUAAAUCGCAUAUCAGAGAUUGGAUCAACGAUAGUUAUGGGUAAGAAUGAGGGGCUGCACACAUCUGGUCAUGCCUAUCGUGGAGAAUUGGAGGAAGUUCUUAGGAUUGUGAAGCCACAACAUUUUCUGCCAGUACAUGGAGAACUUUUGUUCCUCAAAGAGCAUGAAUUGCUUGGGAAAUCAACCGGUAUCCGGCACACUACUGUUAUAAAAAAUGGAGAGAUGCUUGGGGUUUCUCAUUUAAGAAACAGAAAGGUUUUGUCCAACGGUUUCACCUUACUUGGGAAAGAGAAUUUGCAGUUGAAGUAUAGUGAUGGUGAUAAAGCAUUUGGCACAUCAAGUGAACUUUGUGUUGAUGAGAGGUUAAAAAUUGCAUUAGAUGGCAUUAUAGUGGUCAGCAUGGAAAUUUUACGUCCUCAAAAUGUGAAUGGUCUGUCCGAAAAUACCAUAAAAGGAAAGAUAAGAAUCACAACACGAUGUUUGUGGCUGGAUAAAGGAAAGCUUUUAGACGCACUUCAUAAAGCUGCACAUGCUGCACUUUCAAGCUGCCCUGUAAAUUGUCCUCUUGCUCACAUGGAAAGAACAGUAUCUGAGGUAUUGAGAAAAUUGGUAAGAAAAUACAGUGGUAAAAGACCAGAAGUGAUUGCCAUUGCUCUGGAGAACCCUGCAGCAGUUAUCUCGGAUGAGGUCAGUGCAAGGCUAUCCGGCAAGUCCCAUGUUGGUUUUGAGACUUCAGCAUUAAACAGAAAGAUUGAUGGACAUCCAAAUAAGGGCAAAUCAAAUAAAGUGCAAGCAGAAGUAGAAAAGCGCAAUUCAAAUUUGGACAUCAAUUUGCAACAAGAUUUGGGAGGUGAUGGUGUUGAAAUGGAACUACUACCUGAAGAAGAGACAACAACUUCAACUUCUGAUUCAGACAUGCUAUCUUCUGAUUCAAAGGAAUCAGAUGAGUUCUGGAAACCAUUUACUGGGUCAGCAAUACCUGUUGACAAUGUGGUAGAAGAAAACAAUGGCUCUAUACCAAGCCAGGAGCAAAGUCUGCUUGAGAAGGUUGGUAGGGAAAGCAUCGAAACAACAAUGGAUCCUAAACCCAAGCCUUCCAAACCUGUCAAACGCAACAAGUGGAGCAACCAGGAAGUUAAGAAGUUGAUUGAACUGCGAGGACAACUGGAUGGUAGAUUCCAAGUUGUGAAGGGAAGAAUGGCCCUCUGGGAAGAGAUAUCUAAAGAAUUGUUGUCUGAUGGGAUGAAUCGAAGCCCAGGACAAUGCAAGUCCCGAUGGACAUCCCUGGUUCAGGAAUACGAGGACACCAAAAGUGGAAAGAAAAACAAUAAAUCUUGGCCACAUUUUGAGGACAUGGACAAAAUUUUAUCCAAUUCCGAGGCAAUAGAAGCAAAGUGAUUGCAAGAAAAGAAAGAACACAAUGAAAUGAAGGUUUGAUGGAGUUUUUGGUAACAUUAUUUGUGACCUUGGACUACAGAAGAUCAGAUGACAACUUCUCGGAGUAGUUGGAUCAUUGUAUCUUUGUUUCAAGCUGUGAAAGCAAGCCACUUGGGUCACGACUCACAAGAGCAAAAUUGAGACGGGUAUAUCAUGAAGUUGUACAUUUUUUUUGUAGCUAUAGGACCUCUGUACAUCGUCAUUAAUUGGAUAGAUGGGCUCAAGGGGUAGAGUGAAAUUUUGUUGUGGGGGAAAUAUUAAAUCUGAAAUGGUGGUUCGUUCUUAUAGUUUCAACAAUUUAAUUUUCUGGAUAAAGAAAAUCUGAAAAUUCUUAUUGAAAGUGAGGGCAUCAUAGAUACUCUUCGUUAUAUUAAUAUAUUUAUUUAUACAUUAGUUAAAA